AUGGACUUAUCAAGCGCUUCGGAAUUGAAUGAAAACUUUGAGAGAGCUUCGAAGAAGCAAAAAACCACCAUAAAUAUUCUUACCUCGGAAAUUGAUAAUUUGAUUGAACAAGUGGAGAAUUGUAAAAGACAAAUUGAAAAUGAAGGAAAAAGCAUUACCGAGUUGGGAAAAGACGUUAUGAAUCAAAUUAAAAAUACUCACACAAAAUUUCAACAAGCUCACAAGGAAUUGCAUUCCCAAUUUUCAAAAUUUGGAAAAACCAUUGAUCGCUGCUUUCCCAAUAACGAAGAAAAGCUAUUGAACGAGAAAGUAAAAAUUUCAGAACACCUUGUAAAUCAAAUCAUUGGUGAGCAUUUAUUUAGAGAAGGACUUGUUGAUGUUGGAACAAUAUUUGAAAAAGAAGCUGCACUUCAAUUGCCAGAGGAAUGUAAAAAACAAUUUAUAGAACUGCAUACCAUCUGUGAGUCACUAAAGAAACGAGAUGUUGAACCGGCCCUGAAUUGGUGUAACGAACACAUUACACGAGCGAAACAACACGACGCUACCGAUGAGAAGGAGUUGGAAGAUCUGAGAAUGCUUGCUUUUCAAUUGCACAAACUCAAUUUUGUUCAACUUUUGAUUCAGAACGAUUCUAAAAAAGCAAUUCAAUACGCGAGAGACAAUUUGCAAGCUUUUGCUGAUAAGAAUAUUUCUGAAAUUAGAUUUCUCAUGGGAAGCAUUUUGUAUAGUGGCCGAGAGAGAUUGAUCAAAUCUGAACGAUAUAGUUGUUUGUUGGAUGUUUCUCAAUGGGAUAAUGUACUUAAAAUGUUCAAGAAAUUGGGAUGUCGAAGAAUUAACAAACCCAUGGAGUCACCUCUCUAUGUAGCGAUCAACGCUGGAUAUCAAGCAAUACCAACACUUCUCAAGCUUGCCACAGUGACCCAGAAUAUUGAUAUUGGCUCCAGUUCUGAUCAGUUGGCAGUUGAGAUUGAUUUGGAUGAUGAGUUUCAAUAUCAUUCCAUUUUCUCGUGCCCAAUUUCAAAAGAGCCUGCAACCAAAGACAAUCCUCCCAUGCUACUCCCAUGUAGUCAUGUCCUUUUGGAGUCUUCAUUGAAAAAGCUUGCCAGAAAUACCAAAUUCAAAUGCCCUUAUUGUCCAACAACCGGUAGCCUUUCAGAUUGUAAACCAAUUCAUUUGUAA